UCCGUUCGCGAGGGGCAAGAUGGGCAGGGUGACGCGGUUGCGGUUGCAAUAGCGCUGAUGUCCCAGAAACUUGACUCUUUCUUGUCCAUCAUGAUGCAGCGAGAUGCCGCUGCAGCUGAGCGCGAAGCUGCCUCACAGGCAAGGCUUGACAACGCCUUUGCCGCGAUGCAGACCGCAACAGCAAAGUUGGAUGGGCUGAUCGCGUCAAUGAUGCAACGCGAAGCCGACCUCGAUGUCAGGGACUACAAUCGGGCCCUUGAUCUACGCCUAGCUUGCGGCUCAGGUCCAGUGGAAGCAAAGUUCAACUGGAUGUUUGGCCAUGGUGUAACUCCCAGGACACAUGGCAAGGCAACGAAGAGCCAGGCAAGAUUCGAGAGGCUCCAGGUCUCUCUCAGGAAAUUCGUGCUGUGGUUUACUGACAAUGCCUCAGCAACCGAUCUAUCAAAGGUGUUCAUCCAGUUCAACGAUGCCCCUCGAGUAUCAAUAUCUGGCGCCGAGAUAAAGGAUUUCCUACUCAACCACGAGGACAUGAGCCAGGUGCUUGAGAGCGCUCUGAUCAGGGUGCUUCGAAGGGACGAGAGCCACCGUGAGCCAAACUCUCAGGGAUCGACACACUACGUUGGAAAGGAGUGGGCGCGAAAGGUUGUUGCAGGAGGGUCAACCAGCGCAUGCGAGGAACUGUUUUACCUCCGCCCAAAGAUCCAGUACAACCUAGCUGCUUGCAAAAAGGUCGUUGUUUCCCUGGACAUGAAACAGGAAGGCUGGGCAUCUCUGACAAUAGACUUCCGCCGAUGCAUUACAUAUCUUAUCCACCCAAACCUGUCGGGAGUAAGCCCGGUUGAUGUGCUGCACCACCAUAUCGACCUGAUGAAGAUACUUACUCAGGCAGCACAGGAGCACAUGACUAAGCACGCUGGCGCUGUGAUACCCAUGGUUGAAUGGGAAUAUGAGGUUGCUCUGAAGACAGAACACCAUAUGAAUGGGCCAGAAUCUGGAUUCACAACAGCUUUCUACAGCAUCCCAAAAGACAACCAAUUCAUGAUUGUCAGCCCAGAAACAAUUGGGCUUGCCAAGCACACUUUCCUCUACUCAAUGGUCCGCAUGUCAUACCGCUCUACCAAGAGGAAGAUCCCCCAGGGGAAGCGGAAGAAGGUGCUGAAGAGGGGAAGAGACGGGAAGUUCAUUUCCAGCCUUGAUCCAGAAGGGAGUGGCGCUUCAGCCAGCGAUGCAGCCUCGUCUGCUUGAUUUCGAGUGGCACCACUAGAGUCACACGGGAUAUAUAUGCAUUUUCGUGUGACUGGUCCACCAGGCUAUCUUUAAAUUCACGCAGGACUUUCGGGUGGCACCACUAUAGGCCACCAGGCUAUCUUUAAAUUCGUGCAGAACAAGUAAGACUUUUAUUUGGAUCCAAUGCCUUAGUGGCUUAAUCGAACUGGUGGCUACCACCGUUCUAUUGUAAUCGAUAAUAUGACUAUCUACCCCUGUCAUGGUGGUAUAAUCUAUGUUUGCUUAGCUAUCA